CAAAUAGUGAUCUACUAAGAGCCUUCAUUAAAAACAUAAUAAUCGGAGAAUUAUUAGUAGUUUGGAUGACACUAAAGUAUAUGGUAUCUCAUAUAGGAAAAAAACAUAAUAAUUGAGCAUUCAAUAAAAAUAUCUUAUCAUGUAAUGAUACACAUACAUGCACUUUAGAGAUAUUUUGGUUUGGUAAAAACGUUACGCUUUUGUGAGCUAAUCUUAAGGGUCUCCGGCUGCUAUUGAACAAAAAAAAAAAUACGUAACUGCCAGACGAAGUGACUCCAUGGCCCACCUUUGGAUGAGAACAAAAGACACCGUUCAAUUACAGCUGGAAAUACCAGAUUACCCCUACGGCGAGAAGUCGUAGCUCAAAAGUCUCAUCAAUCUAUGAUCUAUCUUUAUUCUUUACCGACCGAAGAAUCUCGAAAAGCAAUCUAAAAGGAUUUUUUUAAUAAUUUCCUAAGUACGAAGAAGAUGUCAAGAGAUUCCGAACGUUUACACUCGCCCGAUUGAUAAGCGAUUCACCGAGUCCACACAGAUACGCGACUACCCGAGCGCAAGUCUACGAAUCUCCGCGUCCCUGAAUCUGUUUUUUUUUUCUUUCCUCCUGUACAUAUUCGCAUCUAUAGAAAUAGAAUCCUUGCUCUCCAUUAUUUUCCUGCGCAGUUUCAGUUUCUAUGUUUAAGAUACAGAGAGAGAAAGCCCAAACGGCCGAGAGAUAAUGGACCUGAACUUGGAUUUGUCUCUGGGUUAUGUCCCCAGAACCAUCAGUGACCUUCUCAGGGAAGUUUCAGCUGCAACAGAGACUUCGCUCAAAUUGUCAAAGCUUGAUGAGUACGUGGAAGGAUUGGAAGAUGAAUUGAGAAAGAUCGAAGCUUUUAAGCGUGAGCUUCCUCUUAGUAUGAUCCUCUUAAACGAUGCUAUUGUGAGAUUAAAGGAGGAGGCAAUGCAGUGGAGGGAAUUGAAUGAUCGGCCUCCUUUGAUGGAGGAGAUUCGGCCAUUGAAAGGCAAAUCAGGUGAAGAUGGAGGGGUAAUUUUGGAAAAGAAAGAUCAGAAGAACUGGAUGAGCUCUGCUCAGCUUUGGCGCACUAACAUCAACUCCGAUCAGAAAAAACAAGACCCAAUAUCAGAAGUCGCACUGAGAAGCGAAGAAGACGAUCAGUUAGGUGCUGUGAGCCAGCUAUGUAAACAUGGAAGCAAGGGAGGGGCAUUUGUGGGUUUCAAAGGGACUGAAAAGGAGGCUGCUCCACAAGUUCCAGCUCUUUCUCUCAUGCCACCAAUGUCUUCUUCAUAUGUUCGAGUGAAGAUACAAAGUAAACAUGAACAACCCCAACAGCAGCAACAGACACAGAGGAAGCAGAGGCGGUGCUGGUCACAGGAACUUCAUCGGCGAUUUGUUGAUGCACUUCAACAACUUGGGGGUACUCAAGUGGCUACCCCUAAACAGAUAAGGGACCUUAUGCAAGUGGAUGGCUUAACCAAUGAUGAAGUUAAAAGUCAUCUACAAAAAUACCGACUUCAUGUUCGAAAACUUCCAGCUUCUGUAGCAGGUCCUGAAAAUGGCUUAUCAGUGGAACAAAGCCAAUGCAAAGACCACUCAGAAACUAAUGGCUCUCCACAGGGUCCCCUCAGUGCAGGUGGUUCUGGCUCUGGCCCUGGAGGAGACAGUAUGGAAGGGGAGGGCGAGAGAUCGGACGGAUGAAGUAUGGGUUACACAAAUUGGAAUAAGUUGAUGUGCAGUGUAAAGUACUGAUCCCCAUGAGUUUUGCAGAUACAGAUAUGCAUGGGGAAUCUAAUUGUAAACAUGAAAUACAUCUGACAAAUAGUGAAUUAAGACGGGAAUUUGUUGUUUUUUUU